CGGCAAUUCUUUGAAUUGCUAUCAAAAGUCAGAUCUACGAUUCGCUGCUCCGUAUUUCUAAAGACAUCAUCUAGAAUAAAGUUAGGAAAUUCUGGAGAUUGUCGUGAGGGGUUCGACCUUUCGGGCAAUCACCUACCCCUUAUUCGCCAAGGGUGAUGUAAUGUCAGGUUCUACAUAAAAGUGCCAGUGACGCAAGCAAAUCUGAAAAUGUAGGAAUAUCCGAAUGAUGGUAUCGGAUUUCGAAAUACCGCAUCAAUCGACCGCAAAUUCACGAAUUUAACUCCAUUAAUAUUCCAAAUAGCUUCACAAUUCUCAGAAACUCUCAGACUGGAGGAACAAUGGCGUCCGAAAAGAAGUACCCCGACCUAACAAGCUUCAAAGCUCUAAGCUUCGACUGCUACGGCACCCUCAUCGACUGGGAAACCGGCUUCCUCAACACCAUGCGCCUGCUAACCUCGCAACUUCCCGCCACACACCCCCUCAACACCGACCCGCCGCUCGAAGCGAUGCGUCUCCUCAACGAUAAAGCCAGCGCUUACGAGCGCGAGCACCCGACGCUGCCGUACAACGAGCUGCUAGCCGAAGCCAUAACCGCGUUCGCGACUUCGGAUCUCGCGCUGUCGGGCCUGCCCGACAGCUUCGCCGAGCCGUUCGGCAACGCCCCCGGGACCUGGGCCGCGUUCCCAGACACGGUGUCCGGAUUGCAGAAACUAGCCAAACACUACAAGUUGGCAAUCCUGUCGAACGUGGAUAACCAGAACAUCGGCGCGACAGUGGACAAGCAGCUCGCGCCGGCGAGGUUCGACGCCGUGUACACGGCGCAGGAUAUCGGGGCUUACAAGCCUUCGCAUAAGAACUUCGAGUACCUGUUUGGGCAUUUGAGGAGCGAUUUGGGCGUCGAUUGGGAGAAGGGCGAGCUGUUGCAUGUCGCGCGCAGCUUGACGGCGGACCAUGUGCCGGCGAAGGAGCUGGGGUUGCCGAGUGUGUGGAUAUCGCGGGGCGGGGAGAAGAGGACGGGACGGGGCGUCGGGGGCGAUUAUGAGGCGUUGAAGGAUAAGGUUGCGUUUGGGUGGCGGUUUGACACGAUAGGGGAUUUUGCGGAUGAGGUUGAGAGGCAGUUUGCUGCUAAAGAGAAGGCGUGAGGGGUUGUUUGAUGGGGAUGUUUAAUAGGGGUGUUUGUAAUAACGAGACAAAAGAUAAUUGAAUAUGAUGAAUCGUGAGAAGGAACUUCAGGAGACAUGAGCAUAUAGACAGUAUGGGCAUGAAAAUAGGAAGAUAUCCAGUAGACCUAUGCCCUUAACGCAAAUCUCAUCCCCAUCCAAGGUUCACCCAUCAAACCCAC